AUGAACUCGCUAAUCGGAAGCUUAUUUGUACUACUACAAGUUUUCUUGAAUAUUUACUCAUUCCAAUGCCCAAGUGGAAGUGAUCAAGUGCCAAAUGAGGAAGUGUGCAUGUUCAGCGUGACACAAGAAGCUAAUGGACUGGCUCCAUACAUUGGAGUUGAACGAAAGCAAAACAAUACGUGGACCUAUGCUGAUGGAAGUACACUUGGCUAUCAAAAUUGGGCGCUCAAUGAACCAAACAAUGCAAGCAACACAACAGUUUGUGCCAUUAUGGAUCCACAAAAUGGAAAGUGGCUUUCGGCUGAAUGCACUUUUGCCCGUCCUUUCAUUUGCUCGAUUGAUGGAGAGGGUCUUGUUGAUCUGAUCGCUUUCCCAUUCUUUCAAAUGAAACCGUUUUUUGUGGACUCUGGACCAGGCAGGACUCUUCUUGGGUUAAUGACAAAGUGGAAUCGCUUUUACUACGCUCUUCAGUCCACCGUAACAACAGUGGCGUGUGCCGUGAUGAACGUGUGGACCAUUUCAAAGAUGAGACACAUCAAUCGUCGUGGUCAAUGGAGCCUCUUAGGCAUCUCGGUGUUCAGCACUCUACUCGCUAUUCCAUCAACCAUCUAUCAGGUGGGCAAAAACGCUCCCGAAUCACAUCGUGAUCCGUCUGUUCCGCUUUUGGAGAACGAGUUAUGGCCGAAAGAUCCUGCCAGCUCUGGUUUGCCUAAAUUCCGAGAAGGUAUUGAAUCUCUUAAAGACGAACCACAUGGGCAUUGCUCGACAGCGAUCGAUAAUAAUGAAUUGGAACAACUUAUUGAAGCCGAUUCAAUGCAAACAACACCAGAGCUUGCAAACAUUUCCAAUGUGAUCAAUCAACAAUUGUCCGCCAUUUGGGAA